GCAUCCGAGGAGUUGGACGUUUAAACAAGUGGAGUACGCUAAAACGGGGAUAUUUGCCCAUAAAGCGUCCGGCUAUCACGCUUAUAAAACACUGUAAUCAUGUCGUCUCAAAAGCAAAUCUACUACUCCGAUAAAUACGACGACGACAAGUACGAAUACAGGCACGUGAUGUUGCCCAAGGAUAUUGCCAAGCGUGUGCCCAAGACCCAUCUGAUGUCUGAGACUGAGUGGAGGAAUCUGGGUGUCCAGCAGAGCCAAGGAUGGGUACAUUACAUGAUCCACCAGCCAGAGCCACACAUUCUGCUCUUCCGACGCCCCCUGCCUAACCCCAAGUGAGCUACAAGAUGGAUGAUUCUCUGGGUUCCAAGAAGGUCAGUCUUGCUGAGGUGCCCCACCUAAUGGCUCAUCAGAAGGAUCACACCCUUGCAGAUGGACAAGCUUCUUUUUUUCUUCUUCCUUUUUUUGGCUGUGUUGAGGGUGGUUUUGUAAAUUGUUCUCAUGAACCUCAGUGGUUGGCCCGAUAGCCUUGGACCUGGGAAAGGACAAAGCCGGUAAUGAGAGAACUGUUCAAAAUGGGAGUCUUGAAGGGGAUCAUGAGACUUGCCUUGAAAGAAGACUUGUGCGUGUGUCGACUGAUGCAGCAUUUCGAGUCCUCGCCAUUGUCCAUUACUAAUUUCUUAUGUCAGUCUCUUCCAGUUUCUGUAAAUGUUCACCUAGAGGAACAUGGUAUUACGAUCUGUGGAGAGAAAUGUUUAUUAAACUAUAUAAUGGUGUAGAACCAAUGUCUUUUGUUCCAGUGCUCUGGUCAGAACACAAGAUGGGUUGAUCCAUCUGGUGUUAAACUACAUGGCCUUAUGUUCUGACCGAACUCAACAUCAACUGCGGUUUUUGCAUGUGGCAUGGCGCUGCUCUGUUUAAAUGACAUAACAUGACAUUUAACAACUUUAAUCAUGCACAUGAAAUGAUCUGCAUCUGUAAUGGUAGUCCACCUCCCAAUACACUGUAAGUUUUGGACCCCUAUCAGGAAUGUUACUUGGCUUCUUUUUUUUUUCCCUGAUAUGCAUGGUUAUGAAUUCAUUGGUUUGAUCAGCUGCUCAUAUUUAUAAACAUACCCUUUUCUGAAGAAUUAAAGUUUCCUUUUCAAACCUACUUUUUGAGUAAAAACUUUGAGGGCGUUUGCCCCACCUUGAGGUGUCCUUCAUGGCCUGUUUUUAUUAAAGUAGUGAUAACUAUUGACUGGUUAGUACAUCUGGUCAGGAAAUGGGAUUAAUACCUUGUCUGAUUUGGUUCACAGAAUGAAUGCUCUGAGUAUGGCACAUGGAGUCUAACAUAUUCUGUGUCUUGGUAAAUAAAUCUUCAGACUAGUUUCAUCUUGUAGACAA